AUGGCUACAUUAAGAACGCAACAACGUACAUUUAUUGCAAUAGUCGUUUUCCUACUCAUACUUUCAACUAUAUCAUUUUUGAAUAUCAAUAGGCACUCACUAAGCAACUUUAGAGGGUAUACCUCACAACAAUCUGAGUUGAAACUUUUCACCUCAAUCGAAACAAAGAAGCCCACAGCCUCGAAAGCCACUGAAGAGGCCAACACAGCCACGGCAGCACCUGCAUUGGCAACAACCAGUGAAGCUAGCAGCAGCUCGACCAGUGGCACCUCCACCUCUACAUCCUCAACCAUACAAAGCAAACCAACUGGUGAAUCAACAAGCCAUCAACAAUUCUUCAAAUACUCGUACUACGACACAACAUCAAAUUCAUUCAAGGUAGUUUAUGAGCAACAACCGCAACAUAUCCCCCGCCUGGAACAAGAACAGAAAGAAACCGAAGCAAAACCAACGAAUAAAUAUACCACCAUCAAUGAAAAACCUUCCAUUCUUAUCCUUUCAGCUAUCGGCAAAGAUAACCCAUAUGGCAAUAAUCGUGUAUUUGUGGAUUUCAUGAAAUCAAUACAAACUAUAGUCGACAACCAACCAGAUUUCCAUUUCAACUUGGGACUAUCAACAAACUACAUCACCGAGUUUGAAAAUAUUCAACAGUAUAUUCAUGAUUAUGACAGUGAGCUUUUCAAGUACUUUAGAACAAUCACCGUUGUUUCUGCACCUGAUCUAGAACACCUUCCAUCCACUGGCAGCACCGAUGGAGAUGGAUUAUCUAGAGAAAACCGACACGACGACAACAAACAGCGAUUAAGAAGAAGAUUGAUUGCUAGAUGUCGAAACUACCUCAUAUCAAACGUCCUCUCAUUGGAAACAUACACCUUAUUCCUCGAUUCCGACAUUUCAGAAUUUGAACAUGCUUCCAAAUUCAUUCAAUUCCUAGUUGGAUCCAAAAAGGAUAUAAUUGUCCCUCGUAUUACAAGAGGCGAGACCUCGGACUAUGACCGUAAUUCAUGGCGGGGUAAACGAACCAAACCCACUCCGGAACAAUUACAAUUGAUGGAUGAAAACAAAUGGGACCAGGUUGAUUAUGUACCUCGUGAUGUUGAACUGGAGAUGUUUCAUUUUGUCAACAUGGACAAUAAGCAGGACUUGACUAUUGAACAACAGAAAUUAAGUUAUAUAGUUCCGUUGGACUCUGUUGGUGGUGCUGUUCUUUUCUUCAAAUCCUACAUUUUCAAACAAGGUGCCAUUUUCCCAACUAGUUAUAUAAUCGGAACUACUUGGGACAGAAUGGAGGGCUAUGAUGGAAUUGAAACUGAAGGAAUAUGUUACUUGGCCAAGCCAUUGGGUUAUCGUUGUUGGGGUAUGCCCAACUUAGUGGCUCAUCAUGUAAUUUAA